AAGAGCAACAGUAGCGGCAGCGGAAAGAUGCUGUCCAUGACGUACAGCGAGAGCAUCCGGAGCGGGAUCCACCGCUACCACUCGGACCAAGGGCUCAACCAGCCCCCGAGCAGGCCCACCGACCAGGCCGAGCUGCAGCGCCUGCGAGAACAAAGGGUCGCUGCUCAAAUAAAGAAUAUGGAAGACUUUCUGAAGAUGAACGGCCUGGCCCUGGAAGAGUGUGUGUCUUACCAGACAGGCAUGAAGUACAGAAACCUUGGGAAGUCGGGUCUGCGCGUGUCCUGCCUUGGAUUAGGAACAUGGGUGACGUUUGGCGGGCAAAUAACAGACGAGAUGGCGGAGCAGCUGAUGACUCUGGCGUAUGAAAAUGGCAUCAAUCUGUUUGACACGGCCGAGGUCUAUGCUGCUGGGAAGGCUGAGGUGGUGCUGGGGAACAUCAUAAAAAAGAAAGGAUGGAGACGCUCCAGUCUGGUGAUAACCACAAAGAUCUUUUGGGGAGGAAAGGCCGAGACUGAAAGAGGUUUAUCUCGAAAACAUAUUAUCGAAGGUUUAAAAGCUUCUCUAGAGCGACUGCAGUUGGAAUAUGUCGAUGUAGUAUUUGCAAACAGACCGGAUCCUAACACACCUAUGGAAGGUAAUUCCUUUUUGGUUGACAGAAGUCAACGCUGUAACUUUUUUCUUCGACGCUUCUUUACAGAAACAGUUCGAGCGAUGACCCAUGUUAUAAAUCAAGGCAUGGCCAUGUACUGGGGGACAUCGCGCUGGAGCCCUAUGGAAAUAAUGGAAGCGUAUUCUGUGGCAAGGCAAUUCAAUCAGAUCCCUCCCAUUUGUGAGCAGGCCGAGUAUCACAUGUUUCAGAGAGAGAAGGUGGAGGUGCAGCUACCUGAACUUUUCCAUAAAAUAGGUGUGGGGGCCAUGACGUGGUCACCGCUGGCCUGUGGGAUCAUCUCAGGGAAAUAUGACGGAAGGGUGCCCCCAUACUCUCGGGCCUCUCUGAAGGGAUACCAGUGGUUGAAGGACAAGAUCUUGAGCGAGGAGGGUCGGCGUCAGCAGGCGAAGUUGAAAGAGCUGCAGGCGAUCGCGGAGCGGCUGGGCUGCACUCUGCCCCAACUCGCCAUCGCAUGGUGUCUACGUAACGAGGGGGUGAGCUCUGUCCUUUUAGGAGCGUCCAACACUGACCAGCUGAUGGAGAACAUAGGAGCCAUUCAGGUUCUCCCCAAGCUGUCGUCAUCCAUCACACACGAGGUGGAUAGCAUCCUGGGCAACAAGCCGUACAGUAAAAAGGACUACCGCUCUUAA